GAGUGCAAUACAGUUUUUCAAUGCUUGGUUAAUAAAGGGCCCGACCGAACGGCUGCGGACCCGGAUCGAAUCUCUCUUUUGAAGACCCAACGUCUUUCAUUCCAUUCAUCCGCCAAAAGCCAAAAAGGCAAAAACCCUUGUUAAAUCUCUAUUUCCUGCUUCCUCUUCGUCUCUCUUUGCCCCUCCGAUUUCCCGACAAUCUCUGCUCUGUUCGCAGUGCUUACUCAAUGGAGUCUCUGUCAAGCUCGGCGUUCGUCUCCAGAUUCCCAGAAACACACCCAUCGCUCAGCCCUCCGUCACCUUCCUCCUCCUCAUCCUCCUCUUCUGCCUGCUGUUACUCGUCUUCCAGCAAGAUUCUGCUCAGUAAGGGAAUUAUAGGGUCUCCCAAAUUCGCCGAAGCAGCGCGUUUCCCUCGACUGCGCCUUCAGGGUCUGGCCCGUGAGCUGUCUGGUGGAGCCGGAGAGGAAAACAGUCACUUGGGUGAUGAUGGGUUUGGAUUGGUUUCUGAUGCCACGCUCUCCCUGCCUCAGCUUGGUAGUGAUCGCCUCUCUUGUGCUAUGAAGGGACUCAUAAAGCAAGCUGAAAGCAGUCAAAAGGAUUCAGAGAAAUUAUUGAAGGUGGAGUCACCAUUGACAGUUCCCCAUGGAAGUGGAACCAGUGGGGGUACAAGAGCAGGGCUUUUCAGAACUCCAAUUUCUGGUGGUGUACAGAGUGCAACCUCAGCACAUGGCUUACCUCGGCCAGCCCUUGCAGUUCGCAACCUGAUGGAACAGGCCAGAUUUGCCCAUCUAUGCACCACUAUGUCUCGGAUGCACCAUCGACGAGAAGGGUAUCCAUUUGGUUCCUUGGUGGAUUUUGCUCCAGAUGCGAUGGGCCAUCCAAUAUUUUCAUUUUCACCCUUGGCCAUACACACAAGGAAUUUGUUAGCAGAUCCAAAAUGCACCCUUGUUGUGCAGAUACCUGGAUGGAGUAGCUUAUCAAAUGCAAGAGUUACAAUUUUCGGAGAUGUGUACCCUCUAGCAGAAGAUGAACAGGAGUGGGCUCAUAAACAGUAUAUUGCUAAACAUCAGCAAGGUCCUUCCCAACAGUGGGGGAAUUUCUACUACUUCAGAAUGCAAAAUAUAAGUGACAUAUACUUCAUUGGAGGUUUCGGCACUGUUGCAUGGGUCGAUGUCAAGGAGUACGAGGCCCUUCAGCCAGAUAAGAUUGCGGUUGAUGGAGGAGAGCACAAUCUCAAGGUAAUGUUGAUUGCUCUUUCUUGCAGCGCAACACAUUUGACAACCUAUGCUUGUCAGGAACUGAAUGUGAUAUUCUCAAAGCGGCUUAAGGAGCUGUUAUCGAGUGAGAUGGAAGUAGAUGAUGCCGCAAUCAUAUCGAUAGACAGCAAAGGAAUCGACAUAAGGGUCCGUCAAGGUGCACAAUUCAACGUUCAGAGGUUAUCAUUUGAAGAAGGUCAUGCAGUUGAAAAUCUGGAAGAGGCCAAGAGUGCCGUGCGGAGAGUAUUAAACAAAGGCAAAGUUCAAAACUUGCAGAAAUGAUAGUUACUGAGCCUGGCUAACAUUGGAGGAGCUUCAACAACAUGCAUGCGAACAUGAUGCAUGAUGCUCUUGCAUGCCCUGUUUCUUGCUAAUCUUCUGAAGGGACCAAAAAGGUUAUUUGGCUUUAACUUCUGUUUGGAGUUUGGGAAUCUAAUUGGAAGUUUGCGUUAGAGAUGGUUGGCUUUUACGUUAAGACUGAUGACUAGCUCGACGAGGAGGUUUCAGGAGAAGUUGGAUUGUGAUAAAUGUGUUCACGGAUCGGAUUGGCAUUCGAAAUCCUGUAAGCCGUCGUUUAGCGUUGUAAUUUUAAAGGCUGUCUGUCGUUUACCGUCUCCCGGUUCACUUCUCCUUUUCUAAUAAAUAGAGACUCAAAUCAAAUAAAUUACUAAUUGACAAAUUUCCCAUGAAAUGAAAGGCUCCAAAUCC